AUGCGCGAUAGUCCGGAGAUACGUCAAGAGGAGUCGCCCGCUUCAUCGUCCCUGGAGAACAUGGCGGUUAUGGAAGUAGCACAGGCGUCGCAGCAACCACGUUGUACCACUGCGUCUGUUCAGCAACGAGAGAUUCAUUCGAUACCCAGAAUGUUCAAAUGGAAGCGACACAGCUCUUCUAACAGUGCACUCUUUGAAGAUGAUAUUCCCACCAAGAAAGGCUUCUACAAAUGUGUUACGUAUUACGAGAAAAUAUUAUUUUCACAUGAUUUUCAGGCGCCCGCCGUCUUCCCUUAGGCGUGCCACAGCCGUUCCACUAGGAGCCUCAUCGGCAGCAGCCCCAGCAGCGACUCUCGCGGCGGCCGUGCGGAGUAUGGGAUGGCGUCGGCGGCGCCGCUAGUCACGGAGCUGGAAGGGCGGCUGGCGGCGGCGGCGGCGGCGGGGCCCGGGCUGCCGCCGCUGGGGCUGGACAACGCCACCGGCCUCCCCUCUUCCGCCCCGGGCCUCGACCCGGACGACCAGGAGUGGGCCGACAUGGUCCUCCUCGUGCUCAAGGGCUGCGUCAUGGUGUCCAUCAUCGUCGCCGCCAUCUUGGGCAACCUGCUGGUGAUCGUGAGUGUGAUGCGACACCGCAAACUGCGCAUCAUCACCAACUACUUCGUGGUGUCGCUGGCGUUCGCGGACAUGCUGGUGGCCAUGGUGGCGAUGACGUUCAACGCCAGCGUACAGCUCUCGGGGAGGUGGCUGUUCGGGUUCUUUAUGUGCGACGUGUGGAACUCUCUGGACGUGUACUUCUCGACGGCGUCCAUCCUCCACCUGUGCUGCAUCUCGGUGGACCGCUACUACGCCAUCGUGACGCCGCUCAAGUACCCCAUCAACAUGACGAAGCGGCGGGUGGCCGUCAUGAUCCUCGCCACGUGGAUCUCCUCCGCCAUCAUCUCCUUCGUGCCCAUCUUCAUGGGGUGGUACACCACGGACUCCAACCAAAAGUACCGCGAGACCCACCCGGACGAGUGCGCGUUCAUCGUGAACAAAGUGUACGCGGUGGUGUCGUCGUCCAUCUCCUUCUGGAUCCCGUGCACCAUCAUGGUGUUCACGUACUACGCCAUCUUCAAGGAGGCGAACCGCCAGGAGAAGCAGCUGCACUCGCGCAUCGGCAACGCCAUGCUCAUGAACAACCACCGCAACAGCCGCGACUACGCCAGCAGCAACGGCGACGCCGGGCUGGGCGCCGCGGCGGGCGGCAGCAGCAAGGCGCUCACCCUGCACGAGGUGCAGGCGCCGGGCGGCGACCCCACCGCCCACUCCACGCCCACCAAGGACCGCAACAUCAUCAAGAUGAAGCGCGAGCACAAGGCGGCGCGGACGCUCGGCAUCAUCAUGGGCACCUUCAUCCUGUGCUGGCUGCCCUUCUUCCUGUGGUACGUCAGCACCGUGCUGUGCGGCGAGGAGCUCUGCCCGUGCCCCGACAUCGUCGUCACCCUCGUCUUCUGGAUCGGCUACUUCAACUCCACGCUCAACCCCAUCAUCUACGCGUACUUCAACCGCGACUUCCGGGAGGCGUUCAAGAACACGCUGCAGUGCGCCUUCUGCAACUACUGCAAGCGCGAGCCGUCGGACCUGGAGGCGCUGGACGUGCGCCGGCACUCGCUGCGCUAUGACGAGCGCACGCGCUCCAUCUACUCGGAGACGUACCUCAAGCACAUCGACCGGCGGCGCUCCAGCGAGUUCGGCAGCAGCCUGUGACGCUCCCCGCUGCUGCGCGUGGCGCGCGCCGCCGAGUUCUGAACGCUCCCCGGCGCGGGGGCGGGCGACGAAGAUUCACACGGGCUUCAGAAGAGCGAAGAUGCGUCUUCUGAGGAGGGGUGACGUGACUUUUCAGAUCAACGAACACACGUGGUGUCUGAGGAGCGGGCACGUCAUUUGAUAGAUAAAGGCACGUGUCUGGCAUCUUAACUCAAGCAAUGGCACGUUCAGUGUCCCGACCGAAGGAACGAAUAUCGCGAUCAGCGGAGAUACGUGCCUCGUAAUCAGAGGAGGAGUCUUGUGAUCGCAGGAGCCACGUGUCUCCUGCGCAGCGGAGGAAGCGUGUGAAACGCCGGGACGUGUGUCUCUCCAAAGGGCGAGCCAAAAAAGACAUUGUGGAGAGAACGGCGAGGCAGGGAGCGGACCAACGCGGUCGCGAGAGCGCGAAGAACCCACACACAUCAUGCGACGUACUCGCCAUCACAUUCAAAUUGUGUACAAGUGCACAGUCAAUACGCUACAGAUUACGUAAAAUGUACUCGAGUGACUGUGGAUUAGGCUAUGCACUAGUGCAUAAGGACAUUUUGUGGCAGUUACGUACGCCUUUUUAUUCAACUAAAGAUUAUGUUUGCAAUCCAGGGCGUACGUAACUACAGGAACAACUUUUCUCGCAAGACUUUCUUCGUUGCAGACUUUUAUUGGGCAAAUUCUCAAGAUAGCAUUCCGUUCUCCUAUACGUUUGACCAGAAGGACGAUUUGCUGAAGCUCGGUUCUCAAAAUACGUCUUUUAAUGCAUGAAAUUCACUCAUAAUAACUGUAGUACAUCAUUUUAAUUUUCAAAACUCAUAAUAGUUAUUAUUUAAGGCUUCAGUCCAUUACCAAAAUUUAUUUUGAAUUAAUAAAGGAAAGAAAUGCAACCUGGAAAGAUAAAUGAAGUAAACAUAUGUUAAAGUUGGCCAAAAUGUGCCAUGAGUUUCAUUAUUUUAACCAUUGACAAGUCACUCUUCUUCACGAUGUCUCAGAAUAUAUGUUACAAAUUUCUAGGGCGUAAAAGGCAUGCCGGCCCAUGCAUUGCCAAUGGGAGGAACACAAAACGUCUUUGCGACAAAACGUAUUCCUACCAAACACCAGAACAUGGUAAGUUGCUUAUCAAUCUAGAGCCAAGCCUUUUAGGCAUUAAAAGUUUGUAACAUUUUUUCUGAGAUACUUUUUUUACUACUAGCUAUUUUCUCGUAAUUUUAUGAAUCACUGAUGUACUACGAUUAGUGUGAGUGACUCAAAACAUGUUCAAUGGACUUCAGAGAACAUAAAUUUCAUAUCAAAACGAAAUGCAAUAAAACGAAGAAUUCGUUAUUACUUUUGUAUUAGUAAAUUAAUUUUAACUAGAGCUCAAAGGAAUAUUUUGUUAAAAGUAAGCAAUAACGUGAUUGGAACCAAAGAAAUGUAAACUAGAUUUUCAGAGGAUGAAAAUUGAUGUAAUUAUGAUAGGAUUUUGUGGCAAGUAUCUCGAUUUUGGGCAGUUGUCCAAUUGUAUGGUAUAAUUCAAGUGUUUGUUUACUUUUUCGUUGGUGAUUAAUUCGUAGAAUUAAAUUGACAAACCAAAGAGCGGUAAAAUAGAGUAGACAUUCAUUGGUGAAAUGAUGUAAUAAAUUGAUUUAUUUUUUAUUCGCCUUUAUUGAGAAACAAAACUGAGAGUAAAUAAAAAACCAAAUAUUAAAUCUGGGAUAAUAUUUUGGCGAGAAGAGAAGAGUCUAGAGACGAUAACAACUGAAAGCGAUUUGGAAAUGACUACAAAUUAAAACACGUUUUCUACGAGUAUCCUCAAGACAUACAUUGCAGAGUGAAUCUAUACUAGAUUUAAUUCAGAAGAUGUAAAUCCAAAUACUAAUUAAAACCGUGUUUCUGGUGCAGUGCAGAGGCGUAUCUUUGAUAUAUGUCACUUCAACUCUAUACUAACCAUAACCUAACAAAAAUAAACGAAAAAAUCAAGAACAAUUCAAGUUAAUCAUGCUUUCUUGUUCAUGUUCCUCACAGGGUAAAUAACGCUAAUUCUCCAUUUCACAAUGAAUUCCUUGAGUCAUAUAAUGCAUUAAAAGAUUAAACAAGUAAAAUUGACUUUCAUCUUAUUUCGUCAAAAACAUUCCGAAUUCGUAUGUGCACGACUGUAUCCCGAAGACACGUUUAAUUGACUAAGAUGGCAAUAGUACUCAAAGUGCAUUUGGAGAGAAAUAAUAUUAUAAAGAUGGAUGAUUCUAAAAACUUUCCUUUUAUAUAAUAAUUUGUUUUUUUUAUUUUAUCUCCCCCUAGGAAAGUGACGACACAUUUUAAGAAAUUUCCGUUCCUUUUAUUUUCAUAUUUUAUCAGUCAGGUUUUGAUAUUGUCCCAAUUUUUUGAUAUUAUCAUUACUUGUAAAACUGUACAAUAUUUCUACAAAAGCAAUCGCAAUUAGAAACUUACCGUCAAUUACCGUUAUAUACUUUUCACAAAAUCAACGGUCUAACAUUCUCCUCAAAUUCUUUAAUUCACUUUUUGAAAACAGCAUUUUAUUAGAACAGCUUCAGUUUCAAAUUUAUUUUCUUAAAUCAUUUCGCAUUGUGUUAAUAAUACGUCGUUUUAGUCAUCGGGCCACUCUUGUUCUGUAUAUUCAUCAUAGUGCUUUCACAUGUACGAUCAGAAAUAGUAUCAGAAAGAGAGUAUUGUAUAUUUGGUUACAUUUCCAUUAUAUUAUACUUCAUAAACAUUAAUUUUUAAUAUCAAAAAUUCAUUAUUGCUAUUCAUAAUGACACAUAUUUUUUUAACAAAUCCACCACGUUGAGAAAAAAUCAUUUUUAGGUGUAAAUUUCCUGUUAGGUCCAUUCAUCGUUCACUUGCGUUUUUCGUCUUUGAAUGCGUUUGUGGACGGCGUGCCAGGACUGCAAGCGCCUGAGGCGGGCGCUGUUCCUUUGUUUCAUGUCCUAUUUAAUCUGCACCGCCGUUCAAAAUAACGCACGAUCAAUGCAGUGCACAUUGUUGCUGUGACAAUAUGGUACGUUAAUAACUAACUCGUCUUUGUGUACAUCUUGUAUAAUAUAUUUACGUACCACAAAACGGUUAAAAAUAAAUUGAUUUUUAUUUUUGUUCCCAUGAUACAAACUUCGUUUUCAAUUUUCGCAUACACCGGUCUCUAGAGUAAAUGAAUAUCCCAACCUGGAUACUCUGUGACGUUUCGAACGAGAGGUUGAUAUACAAACGUCAUUGAGCUUCUGAAUUCCAUAGUCGGUCCUAAAAUAAAUUAUCAAAAUAAGUAGUCUUUGUUUAUGUGACUAUGAACACGCUGUACGUAAUCAUCAGAUAAGACCUUGAGAACGUCUGCAGUCUCAAUGACUGUAAACAAAUAAAAUUAUAGGUCGGAUGGAGAUGAAAUCAUAUCAAUGGCAAUGGUUGCAGUAACUUUUUUAUGAGCACGGAAUAAUAAGGUACUAAUUAAGAGUAAAGUUGGGUAAUAAGGCAGCCUAAAUAAUGUGAUACUCACCUCACCUGAGAAACCCGUUAUUCUUCACCAGAAUUCUCCACCUAUUGAUCAAUUUAUUCUGUAAGAGAUUUCGUUUGUCACGGAGUGGUUUGUAUCUAAUCGGGCAAGGAAACGUGUAAUCACUCUCAAAGCGAUAUAAAUUGCAUGGAAUGGUAAUGAAAUGUUCGGCUAAAAUUCGUAGUGCUUAUCUCAAAUUUGACAUCGUUAUCCAUCAAACAUAUAUCAUUCUGGUCUCAGAGGCACUCGAAGCUAUAUUUAUGUCUCUAUUUAUCAUCAUUUCAACAUUGACGUAUGGAAAAUGCUAAGGAAAUAUUACAUCAAUUAAAUGACUCGGUAUUCGAUCGACCUUCUUUACUUAAGUAUUUAUUCUUGACGACCCAGACAUCAACACAUUUUUGCUAAGUGUUUCUAACAUUUGAAACAAGACCUAGAAGUA